UCCACUGUCAUUUUCAGUGGAAAUUGGUAGUGGAAGGUCGAGGGGAAAAGGGGUUAGCAUACAUUUCGAUCUUCAUUCAAAAUAUGAGUUCCUCGACUAGUGUUUAUUUAUAAAUGCGAACGAGGAAGUAAUAUCAGCUGCAGGACGUUCGCAUCGAAAACAAACAGAUCAAAUACUAGUAUAAAUCAUUAACUAGCUAAAGCUCUGCGUUGAAGAGCAAACUUUUACCUGGAUCAAGUUCCUGAUAUUAAAGGACAAACAACGGACAUUUGAGGAAAGGCUAAUUGAUGUUUUGAAAUUCUGACCAAACUUGAUUAGCGGAAAAAUUUACGUAUCCAAGUGAAUCUCCGAGACUCACUGAACCACAGUGAGGGAAAUUCAAUUUCUAACGGACUUAAAAGACGCCAUACAAGCGUGGUGGCUUACUGGAAGUUGGGGCAUUAGAAUUGAAGAAAAACAGAACGCUACUGACCUUAGCCUUUCAGGGGCUACUUUUAAACAUGGAAUAUAAAGUGGAGGCGCAUCGAAUCAUGAGCAUUUCCUUGGGGAAAAUCUACAAUUCUAGAGUGCAACGGGGCGGAAUCAAACUUCACAAAAACCUGCUCGUCUCCCUGGUUCUUCGGAGCGCUCGGCAAGUGUAUCUGAGCGACUACUACGGAGGUGUGUGCCUGAACGCCCAGCAAAUGGAAGGGAGAGAAUGGGGAGAGCGAGAAAUGGACUCAGAGCAAGUGAAAUUGCUCCCGGAGACUACGAACAACCCCCACUCACCCUCAGAUAGUCCCCAAGAUGGAUUUGCGCAGCCCACAGAAGAGGAGGCGGCAGAAAUGGUAGACACUACCGCACAGCCACAAGUUCAAGUAACUUCACCUCCCAGCGAGCAGUCGAGCUCAGAAGAAAUGGCUUCAAAAUCUGAUUUCAGCGGCCUAACGACCCAGGAAGUGGACAGAGACAGCGUCUCGGCUUCUGUGGACUCCGGUACCAACGAGGUAUCGGUCAGUUCUCCCGUUCCAGCUCUGUGUGUUAAUUCGGGACUGUCCAAAACUCAAACGACAACGGCCAAAGAAAGUCGGAGCGAAAGUGGCUGCAUGGUAGCUGUUGAAGAAUGCGAUUCUCAGGAACCAAAAUCGCAGCACCCAACAGCCCCGGUCUCCUGUUGUACCAGGAAAAGAAGUGCCGAGAAGUCUCCACGCACAGCUUCCCCCAAAAAAACCAAACUGACUGCUUCCACCGCCCCCGCUUCCCCAGUCAGUAGUGAAGACGAGGGGGCAGAGGAAAUGGACACCAGUAAUGUAUCAAGUCUCAUCACAAUAUUCGGUUCCAGCUUCUCUGGCCUGUUGAGUAAGGACAGUGCCCAGGCAGAGCCUGAGUCUGAAGACAGUGACUCAGGGGCUGGGCAAAUUUGUUGUGAACAAAUGCUCAAGAACCUGAACCCCUGGAAUACCGCUAUUGUAGCAUUUUAACAUUGUUUUUGACCAGGCUGACGUUUGAGAUUGUAAAAGUGGAUUGUUUACGAUUUCAAGAUGUAGUGAGCCGCCGAAACUCUACUCCUAUCUACCUACAUUGCUAACUAUUGGUUACAUUCUUCGUGGGGCUCCAAAUGCGUAAACCACGUGUGUGUUCAGGGGGGUUCCCCUUGCACCAUACUUAGGUUAAGCGCGAGCUUUACCACAAACUGCAUUUUCGGGCGUGUUUUGAUCAAGGUAUAUGUGAAUGUUGGCACUACAGUGAUAUUAAGUUUAGGGAAGGAGGGGGUACGCGCAAUAAGAAUGGAUAAACAUGCAGACCAUAGUCGUAAAGGGUUACUGUUAAACCGACAUGUUGUGAUUUUUGCACACUUCACAGAAAGAAAAUGAGUUGACGCACAGUUUGCAAAAUAUAAAAGGUUAGGAUAAUGUCAUUUCUCUGUGUGUUUAAUCAGGUGUUAAUUGAAAUGCCGUUUGAAAUAUUUGAUCAUUGCUAAAUGUAUGUUACAGGACUCGGUGCUAAAGCCACAAAGUCAUGCCUAUGAUUUGGGUCACUGAUCUUUCCACUGUCUUUGUUUUAAAAAGACCUGUAUAUUUGUACUGAUAUGAUUGUACAGAUCUGUCCAUGUCUUCUAAAUCUCUGUAUUUUGAUAUUUGUUAUCAAUUGACAUUUUAUUUGUGUGGGAUACACACGUAUUAAAUGCCUUUAAAAACA